ACGGGCACUCAAUUCCCGUGUACUGGACCUGGAGCAAGCUGCACCAGGAGCACUGGCUGGCGAGUCCAGCAACGCACCCUCGAACCGCCAACUGGAGGAACGCGUCGACCACGUCGUCGCAAUGCUCGGCAACAUCAGCACCUUCGCUGCGCCGACCACCAUCAGCAAUCAGCUGGAUACUUUGAAGAUCGAGGUCCAACAACUGCAGUCGACGAACACGGAUGGCAACAAUUCAAAGCAAUACAAGAUGCCAACUUUUCAACUUGAGAAGUUCGACGACUACACGCAUCAGGACCCGGUGCUCUGGUGGGAAGCUUUCACGAUGCAACUUCGGAUUCUGCCUGUCGCCAAGCACUCGUACAUCGGCGCCCUGUUCAUGAACUCAAAGGGCGGAUGCCAGAUCUGGUUAACCCACCUGGCAGCCACCCACGACGUCGACGUCGCAGAUCUGAAGGACAAGAUCACAUGGGAAGAGUUAACACGGCUGUGGAAGAAGCGGUUCAUCGUCAACGGCGCACCUGCACUCGCCAUCAACCGUCUCUUCGCCAUGACGCAAGGCAACACAGCAACACGUGACUGGCUCACGGAAUGGCAGAAGAUCGUGGCAACACCUGAUCUAGACUUACCAUUUUCGCAUCUGCGCCGUGAGUUCUACAACAGGUCAUGCGCUGCUUUGAGCCAGGCACUUGGUGAUCGCGAGCAGUAUGCAACUUUCGCCGAGAUUAUUGACAAGGCGAGAAAGAUCAUCAAGACCAACAGGGCGGCUGCACACGAAAAGUCAACGUGGCAGCCAACCUAUGUGGAGAAGCUCGGGAAACUGAGUUCCGCGGGAGGUGAGGCGACUCCACCUCCCAGGCCGCCAGAUUCGGCCGCCUUGCUAGCGGCUUCCUACACAUCUGGGGAGGAUGCGAAUGUCGUAAGUUCUCGUUAUGCUUACGAGGACUAUGUUGUCCACUUGGUCCCACCACUGGACCAACCGCUCCACGUGCAACAAUCUACCGCAUGCACGGUUUCAUCACCAUCGGCAACCGAUUCGGCAGCUUCGCCGCCAUCUACCGCCAGGGAUUCAACGUCAUGGUCAAGACUUGAAGAGCUCGACCCGUUGACAGUUGCGGACUUCCAAUGGAUGCCCCUUCCCCGGUCCGAUCGAUUGCCGAAACCGCGUUGCAACGUGCUCAUGGCACAAUUGCGGGAUUACUUGCACACUUCAGUACCGACUCCGUUGAUGGACGCCGAAGUAGAGGUUGUCGACCUUCACGCCUACAUUGCGAAGAUUGACCGCGAGUUCAAGACGCAACGGUACGACCACAUCGACACACCAUUGUUAUAUGUACGCAUUCAGAUCGGAGAGGCGACCUGCAGCGCUUUGAUCGAUUGCGGAGCAUCUCGCAACUACAUGAGUCAGGACUUCAUGGUACGCGCCGGCCUUGGCCCACAAGUCCGAAAGAAGUCCCAGCCCACGCAAGUCACGUUGGCGGACGGUCACACGCACAAGUUAAUCGACCGGUGCAUUGACGACGUCCCAGUGUACUUUGCCCCUCACGCAAAUGAGGCGGUGUCCUUUGACAUUCUGGACACCAAAUUCGACAUGAUCUUGGGCAUGUCAUGGCUGCGAAGCGAGGAUCACCCGGUGAACUUCUACCGCCACACCGUUCACGUUCGUGAUCGAAACGGAGUACUAGUCCCAUGCACCGUGGCUCCUCCUCACCCUUCUAUCAGUUGCCACGUGGUGUCCGCCGCAAGCAUGCGAGCAUCCAUCAUCAGUGACGACAUCGAGGAGAUGGGGGUGUGUUUUCUCCACGCCCUCCCGCCCCAUGACGCUAUGUCGACGGACUCAUCUUCGGACCCACGCAUCACCGAGCUUCUCGACGCCUACAACGACGUGUUCGAAGGCCCGCACGGAGUAGUACCGGAUCGGCCCAUCCGCCACGAGAUCAUCCUCGAGGACGGGGCCGUACGUCCGCGCGGUUGCAUCUACCGAAUGAGCGAGGAAGAGUUAAGUGUGCUUCGGGCACAACUCGACGACCUUCUAGAGAAAGGUUGGAUUCGGCCUAGCUCAUCGCCAUACGGUGCUCCUGUUCUCUUCGUCCGGAAGAAGAACAAGGAUUUGCGGUUGUGCAUCGAUUAUCGCAAGCUCAAUGCGCAGACGAUCAGAAACGUCGGCCCUCUCCCACACAUCGACGACCUUCUCCAGUUCACAUGGGUUACGGACAACAACCCACUGACUUACUACAAGACGCAGGAUACGGUGAGCAGCACGAUUGGACGAUGGAUGUACUUCAUCGACCAAUUUGACUUCACACCGAAGCAUCUUCCCGGCCUCUCCAAUCGCGCAGCAGGUGCACUCUUGCGAAGACCUGAUCUUUGCGCUAUUACACAUCAUGCCUUCGCAUUCGACGAGGAACUCCAACGACACUUCAUCAGGGGCUAUGAGUCCGAUCCAGAUUUUGCCACGCUAUAUGCGCAGCUAUCUUCGGAUCACCCGCCGGCCAGCCACUAUCGCAUCGCCGAUGGGUACUUGCUCCUGCACUCGCGGGGCAAGGACUUACUAUGUGUCCCACGCGAUCGCCGUCUUCGGACUCGCCUCCUCGGCGAGUAUCAUGAUUCGCGACUCGCCGGCCAUUUCGUAGUCAACGCACUAUUGCACGACUUCGACAGCGAUUCUGAUGGCCCGACCUCAUCAUUAACGUCACGAGGUAUUGCGACUCUUGCGAAGUUUGCCAACGAAGCAAACCCCGCAACCGCAACCCCUACGACGAGCUGCGCCCGAUGCCAAUCCCGCAGGAACCCGGUCUCUCCAUUGCCAUGGAUGUCACCGGACCAUUUCCCCGCGACCGCCUCGGACACGACGGCAUCCUCACGGUUGUGGACCGUUAGAGAGUCCGACACGAAGAUGAAACUUAGUUCGGCUCGACAUCCACACACGGACGGGCAGACGGAGCGGGCACAUCAAACCGCUCAAAUAAUGCUUCGUACGCUCAUCCGUCCGGACCAGAAAGAUUGGGUUGACCGCCUCCCCGACAUCGAGUUCGCCUACAACACUUCGGUGCACCCGGCGAUCGGCGUGACUCCAUUCGAGUUGCACCACGGUGGACGGAAAGGCCGUAUCUUCGCCGAUCUUCUCCUCCCACGACCAGCCGACAUUGACGCCGCUUGCUCUCCCGCUUUCGUUCGGAAGUGCAUGGAAUUGCUGGCUCAGGCCCGCGCGAACAUGCAAAAGGCUCAGAUCCGCAUGCAGCAGCAGGCCAACAGGCGUCUCGUGCCAUGUCCCAUCCACGCCGGUGAUCUGGUUUGGGUCUCCGCGGAAGAGUUUGCACUGGAACAGGACGUUUCACGCAAACUGCUUCCCAAGUGGUUUGGACCAUGGCCCGUAACAGCAGCCGCGGGCGAUGAGCCUGAUGACCCUUCGUUUGUGAUCAACAUCCCGGCGCAUCUGACGGUCCAUCCAGUCUUUCACGCCUCGAAGCUGGCAACAUAUACACCAGCUAAGAGCGACGACUUCCCAGGCCGACGAUUCCCCUCGCAGAUGAGCGAUCCUUCAGCAAAGAGCAGAAUCAGCAGCAGCAUCACAUCAGAUUUCCUUGCAAUUGCCCUGCAGCUUGAUGUUGAUCUCGCUAAUCUCGCUGAUCCCCCCGACCUACAGCCAGAGCAUCGUAAUUACACCAGGGAAGGAGGUUCUAUGAUCGCUGUCCUAGAAAUAGCGAUGAGGAACCGCCAGCUUGAACUACGCCACGCUUUGCCAGGGGAAGAACAUGAUGACGGAGUCUGUGUGGACAAGGUGGUUUGUGGAUUAGGAAGAGGGGUAGCGGAUGGAGACAAAACCAGGGGAGGUAGGAGUGGUGAAGACAGCGGCGGUACAGUAGUCGGAAGGUGGGUAACAGACGGAGAUAAAACCUGGGGAAGUAAAGGUGGUGAAGAUGGGAAGGAUGAAGUCAGGGGUUGUGAAGUGGCUGAAGCGGACACAAGGGGGGCAGUCGCAAGUGAGACCCGAAGAGGGGACUCUGCAGGUGGUAAUGCAGGCAUGGCCACAGAUGCCAUGGAGGAGCACACCAAGACCGAGGGCAGCACAACAACUGUGGUGGCCACGAAUGCCAUUGAGGAACACACCAAGACCAAGGGCGACACAGCAGCCGUGGUGGCCACGGAUGCCAUGGAAGAACACACCGAGACCAAGGGCGACACAGCAGUUGCGGGUCGAGUUGCUCUCGCGGAAUCAAUCGUAGAAGCAACCAAGGCCGAUGGGGAAGAGGCUGCGAACCGAAAAGGGGUAGCCAGGGUCACAAACGGCAUGGAAGGGGUCAUUACGAUUGAUGAGGACGCAGGUGCAGCAGACGCAGUCUCUGUUGCGGCUUGUGAUGAUGAUGAUGAUGAUGAUGAUGAUGAUGAUGAUGAUGAUGUGGUCAUGUUCAAGACAAGAGAAAGAGCAGGACCCAGUGGUGCAAAGGAAGAUCCGUUGGAGAAGAAAAUUACGGAAUGGGUGGCCAAUCUUUCCCUGGGAGAAGAGGAGGCAUUGAUGUAUGUAACCAGGGAAGAGCAGGAGGCGGCCAUGAAAGAGUGGGAUGCAGAGGAAGAUCCGCUCAAGCUGCAGGCAAUCGAAGAUGAGAAGAGGAUGGAGUGGAAGUUGCGGCUGGUGAGGGAAAGGAAAAGAAGAGUGGACGCAGUGAGCCAGGCGGCAAGGGAAUUGGAAGAAGUAAGGAAACAGGGAGAGCAGAUGGCGGCACAGGCAGACCUGUUGGGGAAGAUGCAGGUCAUGGCGAGGAACAUAGAGCGCCUGGCCCAGGUCCAAGAAGAGCAAUAUCAGUUUGGUAGGAGUCAGGACUUAGCCCUGCGAUCUGUACAGUUGGGAUUCAGGGGCUUUGCACACGUUACCCGUAGUGUCAAAGCCUCUGAUAAGCUGCAAACCAUCCAUUUGCGUCAGUGGAAGAGUGUCAGGGCACUCAAAGGUGUUAUGGAUGAGCUGGUCGUCGUCCCUGACCAUGGGGUCACUGAGACCCAGUUAGUCAAUCUCUUCUACCGCGCUAUGCCCGAACAGUUACGCGGGCAUUUCUUUGAAAAAAGUCAGCAGCCUACCGUGACCUAUGAUGCUUUGAGCAGGGAAGUGGUAGCGUUCGAAGCACGGUCCAUGUCAGUCUCCACUUUCUGGCACAAGGACCUGGAUAAGGGCAAAAGCUGGAAAGGUCGUACCAUCUCGGGUCAGGUCAAGGCAAAGGAUCGCCUGAUCCUUACGCUGCUGUCGCGGUCGGAGGGAGGCUGCAACGAGGAGGUAGAGGCCAGGGCCAAGGGGGUCGGGCCUCAGGUGGUCAUUCCCAGGGUGAUCAGGGGGUUUGCAGUAGGGGAAACCGCCACGCGGGAGGCAGGGGUCAAGGUCCCCCGCAAAACCGUUCUGGGAAUAGGUCACCAAAUAGGGGAUGUAGAGUGUACUUUUCUGUACGCGGGAGGGGACUUGAGGCAUCGUGUCUCGUUCCUAGUGAGUGAUGAACUCCCCAUGGACAUGUUGUUAGGUAUGUACUACCUCUCUGUGGCACAGCCCCAGUUCGACUGGGACCGAAAAGUGGUCAAACACACUUUGCCAGGUGGAGGGACCGCCAGAUUACAUAAGUUCAAAGCUAGUAGUCUGAUUGAGUCCUACGGGUGCAUGUGUGCGGCCGCGUUCUACAAUUACUAUAAGCAAAAUCAAGAGGAGGGUAUGUACUUAGUUUAUGUCUCUGCUGCAGGCGAGCCAGUGAAAAUGCCGCCGGAGAUAGAGGGAGUGGUUGCCAAGUACCCUGAUCUAUUUGAAGAGCCAACAGGGGUUGUUGAUAGGGAGGUCGUCCACGCGAUAGAGAUUAUCCCAGGGUCUAGUAUUCCGAAGGGUAGGAUCUAUCGGAUGUCUCCAGGCGAGCUUGAUGAGCUUCGCCGCCAACUCAAGGAACUCAUAGAGAAGGGUCGGAUCCGGCCGAGUGUAUCUCCUUACGGAUCUCCAGUACUAUUCGUACCUAAGAAGGAGGGCACUCUCAGGAUGUGCAUUGACUAUAGGGGCCUCAAUGCCAUCACUGUGAAGAACAGAGAGCCCCUACCGCGCAUCGAUGAUCUGUUAGAUAGAGUGCAAGGGUGUCGGUACUUCAGUAAGAUAGAUCUGAAGUCCGGGUACCAUCAGAUUGCAAUCCGGCCCGAGGAUCAACACAAAACCCCAUUUCAGACCAGGUACGGUCUGUACGAGUUUGUGGUGAUGCCUUUUGGCCUUUGCAAUGCUCCUCGCACCUUUCAGCACGCUAUGAAUUGGAUAUUCCAUGAGUACUUGGAUAAGUUUGUCGUCGUGUACCUCGAUGACAUACUUAUUUUUAGUAAGACUGUCGAGGAGCACGUAGCACACUUAGACAAAGUUCUCAGUCUCCUGCAACAGCACAAGUUCAAGAUCAACGGUGAAAAGUGCGAGUUUGGCCGCACCUGUAUCUUGUACUUGGGUCAUGAGAUCUCCGCGGAAGGAUUGAAGCCCGAUGACGCGAAGGUGGCCAGCAUUCGCGAUUGGCCACGUCCUCAGUCUGUGACUGAGAUGAGAUCUUUCUUAGGAAUGACAGGCUAUUAUAGAACUUUUGUGAAAAACUAUAGCAUAGUGGCCGCUCCUUUGACUGAUCUGACCCGCCUUGACACCCCAUGGGAGUGGACAGAUAAGUGCAAGGCUGCUUUCAGACAUCUGAAGCAUGCAUUAACGCACUAUAACCAAUACGGCAUUGGCGCCGUGCUCGCGCACCAGGAGGGGCCAAAGUUGAGGCCAGUUGAGUACAUGUCUAAGAAAAUGUCGUCUCAGAAGUUGGCUAAGUCCACUUAUGAGAAGGAACUCUAUGCGGUGUACAAGGCUCUCACCCAUUGGAGACACUAUUUCCUUGGGAGGUUCUUCAUCCUCAAAACUGAUCAUCAGACCCUGAAAUGGAUGAGAACCCAGCCGGUACUCUCUGACGCUCUCGAGCGUUGGAUCGAAGUCAUUGAGCAAUAUGACUUUGACCCUCAAUAUCUAAAAGGGGAGUAUAACAAGGUUGCUGACGCCCUGUCGCGCAGACAAGACUUCUCAAGUGCGCUGAUUACUGAGUUCAGUCUCACGGACAAUGUUACUCAAUCUUUGGUGGAAGCCUAUCGCGAGGACCAGUUUAUAUCUGAGAUCAUACGCAGACUUGAGGCGAAGGACAAGAAGACGUCCGUCGAGUUUGAGUUGGUUAAUGGCUUGCCGUUCCUUGAGAAGGCAGGGAAUAAACGAUUGUGUGUUCCCAAUAGUGAGUCUUUGCGUAGUUUGUUUCUAGAUGCACAGCUGUACGUGGAGACUUGUCAAGUUUGUCAACGGGACAAGCCCCGUACUCAGGCUCCUCUUGGGCUGCUCAAGCCCCUUCCGAUUCCGGAAAGGCCAGGUGAAAGCUUGUCCAUGGACUUCAUGGAUACGCUGGUCACCAGCAAGAGUGGGAUGAGGCAGAUCUUCGUCAUCGUGGAUAGGUUUAGUAAGUAUGCUAGGUUAAUAGCCAUGCCGGAAACAGCGAAGACCGAGUAUGUAAUCAGGCUGUUCAAAGAGAACUGGGUGAGGGAUUUUGGAUUGCUUAAGUUUAUUGUAAGUGACAGGGAUGUCAGAUUUACAAGUGAAUUAUGGAAGGCCGUUGCAGCUGAACAAGGAACUCAACUGCAAAUGACUUCUGGAAACCAUCCAGAAGCAAACGGCCAGGCAAAACAGAUGAACCGCGUUGUUCAACACCUGUUGAGGCAUUACAUUAAGCCCAACCAGGUGGAUUGGGACGAGAAGCUUGCUCUUGUCGCCAGUCUGUACAAUAACGCUGUACACAGCGCUACCGGGCAGUCGAACAAGGGAGAGCCAGGAAGAGAGACAUCAUGGGAUGGCCCGGCGAAUGACGUUCUGGGAGGACAGACCUCGCGAGAUUCUGCUGCCGAGAGCAUUGGAUGGCAGGAUAGAGGUAAGCUUGCCAGCGAGAAGCAGGGAGAAGGGGAGUUCGUCGGGGAAAGGUCGGAAGAAGGAACAGACCAGGGACGGGGAAGCCUAGACGAUGUUAUAAAAAGGAAGAAGUAUAUGGCUGGGGAGCGUAGGGAGACGCCAACCAAGAAAGGAAAGGAGAGAACGAAAUCUCCAGGAAGGGAGGCGGAAAAGGAAACCAACCCGCAGGCCAUAGAUAGCGGGGCAAGCCGGCCAGCGGUGUCGCCAAUAAUUGCAAGGGGUUGUGAGGGGCUUUGGAGCCUAAGAGAGAGGGUGCUUGGGUGGUUCGACCUAGAAGGGACGACAAAGCCUGGAGGAGGGACAAAGGCCGGUAGGGAAGAACAAGGCUUCGGCACCACCGGUGGAAUAGGAGGGACGGAAGGGGGACUUAAGAAAAUGGUGUCCUCCCUCAUGCGCGCGCUAAAUAAGAAACAGGGGUAUCUGGUGGAUGCCAAGAAGAAACUGUUAUUCGAUGGAGCAAAUAUCACGAAAUUCUUGAUAGACUAUGAGAACUUGGCAGCACUUUUAAAGUGGAGUGAGGAAGAGAAGAUGGAACACUUAGGGCAACAUGCGUCAUUGAACCUAGGGAGGGACAUAAUGGUUAUUGUCGCAACCAGCGGAUCCUGGAAAGAGGCGCGGGACAUAAUGAUGCGGAAAUAUCUGGCGGCCAAGAAAAUGGCUACGGAGACAAAGCUGGCCGCAGUGCAAAGAAAGAACAUUGCAACAUAUAACGAUUUCUUGAGGGAAUUCACUCUCGUGGUGUUGCGCGUCCCGGGGGUAACCGACCGGAUAAUGAGCAAGUACUUCCUCAUGCAAUUCACCGAAUUCGAUAAGGAUAAGACCCUGUCUGCCUACCAACAGACCACGAAAUUCCUGAACACGAGGGACGUCGACUUUAGUACCAUAACAGAUAUCGCAGAGAAGAUGGUCGUAACCGACUCACUGGCCCUGCUGAAGGAGGGAGAGGUCAUAGACCUGACUGGCAGGACGGGGGACAAGGUAAAAAGAGGGAUCAAAAGCCUGCAUGAGCAUGUUGAUGGGGUAGAUGGGAAAAUCGAAAGGGUAGAGAACACCCUGAUGGUAAUGCAAGCCCAGGUGAUGCAAAACCAGGCGGUGCGACCCCCCCUACCACCUCAAGAAGUUGUGGUUCCGGCAGGAAUAGCUAGUCGAUGGAUCAAUAGAAGAGAUCCAGCCAAUGAGCAGUGCAGGGUGAAUGUGACCACCAGGCAGCGGACAGCAGAAAGGAAGGUCGUGCAGAACGCCAUCAUGGAAGAUGUUGGGGAUGGCCCUGGGGUGCCGCAAGGGGCGGAGGAACAGGGGCCAGAGAAAGUCUACGGGAAACCUAGGGAAGAAACCCCUGUAGAAAAGGCGACCUCGGCGAAGAAGAAAUUUCGGUACCAGAUCCCUAUUCUAACUAUGCCCGAGAUCGAUGACACCCUUAGCAAACUGCUAGGGAUCAUGAUGUCGGUCUCAUUCCAAACCAUGUUGCAAGCAAGUCCUAGGCUCUUGAAAGGCCUAAGGCAGCUACUGACGAGGCGAAGAGUAGAGGUAGAAGAAGGACCGGAACAACAAGAGGAAGAAAAGGAAGAGGAGGCACCGCGAGAGGUUGCCAACCUCCAAGGGAUCCCCGGGGAUCUGGAAGAUCUCGAGAAGGCCUUCGCAAACAUCCGGUUAAGCCUGCCAGACCGGGAAGGUGGCGAGGUUAUGAGGGCACCUCCUGGGACAAAGCUUAGCUUUCACGCACUGCUGAUGGGAAAGCUAAAAGUCCAGAUUGGAAGCCACCACACCGAUGCGCUUGUAGACGACAUAGAAGACCCAGUGACAAGACGUGGUGAAAUGCUCCAUCUCAUCGGGACGGGCGGAAAGGGGGCCUUCGCACGGAUGGAAGGAAUGAGAGAGAGGGUAGAGAUUAUGAUCGAGGAGGCGUUCAACCAGAAGGAAUGGAUCAAGAUGGGGCUACCACAGAAAAACCGGAGACAGGAGAAUGAGGCCCUGGGAGUAAUGAUAGUAGAGAAAGAGACGGAGGUUGAACUGGGAGUCAGCUUGCCUAGACCAAAGGAGGCUCGAGAUGAGGAGCUCGGGCUAACACUGGAGGUCCCGGACCUCCUGCACCUCAUCAAGGCCAUCCGAUAUCACAAAGUGAGUGUGGAUCUGGCCGCACUCGCUAAAUUUGAAGGAGAAAUCCAAAGAGGCUACUGCCUGAAUGGGAAGCUGCUCAGUAUUCAACCUCAGAUUGCCGAAGCACCACGGACGAUGUCGGUCGUUCAUUUUUUUAGGAGAAAGAUCCCGGAAGGAAGCGCUCGCAAAUACAAGUCAGUAGGGAAAAAGGCUAAGCCCGUCUCGGUACUGCUAGAAACAACAAAGGAAGAGGUCAUGGAACGGGAGGAAGAAGUCCUCCGGGUGAUCAGAGAAAGAAGGGCAACGGAGGGUCACCGAAUACCAAACGAAGUAGCAGAGACCAUGGAGAUAGGAGUGGAGGGAUUCCUGACGGAGCAGGAGGCACGAUUGAUCAAGAAAGCAUACCAAGAUUUCCACCUAGCCUUUGCUUUCAAUGACCACCAGAAGGGACGAUUAGAUGCGAAAUUGAUACUCCCGGUCAGGAGCCACACAGUCGAGCACGAAUGUUGGAACGACAAGGGGCCUGCUUACGACUUUGUAGCAGGGGAAGUAACGAAACUGCUUAGGACAAAGAUGGACUCCUUUGUGGCAGAACCUACAGCGUCACCAUAUGCGAAUAGAUGGUUUGUGUUCCAGAAACCUAACAAGUCGCUUAGGUGGAUCCAGGAUUUGCAGAAACUAAUUGUCACCAUCCGGAACGCUUUCUCAAGCCGAUCUGCUGGCAGACUCCCACGUUGGGCGAAGCAUUUACUCGCAGGUACGUUGGGUGAAGCAUUCCUCAAUUUGGUGGACUUCGUGAAGCUAUCACAUGCUGCACAGAGGUCAUUAGUGCUCAAGAAUUGCUCCCAUGGCUCUGUAUUGCAUAUCAGAACAGUGUGUGUGAAGCUGACUACACCUGGAAGUGGGAAGGAGACUAGUCCCUACACCCCUGAGCAGCAAGCAAAGAUGGCCGCCUUAGUGAAAGAGAACAAGGAGAGAAAAGAGCGCGAGAAGCAAGCGAAGCUAAAGGCUAUCGCAGAUGAGCAGGCGGCGAAGAUGAAGAGGUUGGAGGAGGAGAUGAAGAGGGUACAACAGGAGAAGGAAGAAAGAAGGAAGGCUGCUGAAGCAGAAGCGGCAGCAGAAGAAGAGAAAGAGAGAAUGAGAAUUGAGAGUGGAGAAGGGAGCAGUGGUGGCACGAUGAAGUGGGAGACAGAUACUGAGUUGGAGAAGAAGAUCAGCGAGUGGGUCGCUAGUUUAUCGUUGGGGGAAGACGAGGAGGCGGAGUCAUAUGUGACUAAGGAUGAGAAGGCUGCCCUGGCCGCUGAGCUAGCAGCCAUGACAAACCCGAUGGAACGAAGAGAGAGGGAAGACGAGCAAAAGUUAGCAUGGAAGCUGAGAAUGAAGAGGGAGAAGARGAGGAGGAGAGAGGAAGUGAAUAAGAUGACCGCAGCAGUGGCAAAGGUGCAGGAGUGUAGAGCGGAGGUGCUGGCCCAGCCAGAUGAUAAGSCCAARUGGGACAAGGUACUGGGCUAUCURGAGGYRUUGAGSAAGGCCUGGAUGGARGAGCGCCAGGCAAGUUGGAGCCAGGAUGUAGCGUUGAGUGCCAUGCGGUCUGGUUUCAGGGAUUUUGCGCGCGAGAUCGUCACCCACAUUGGGGGCGAAGUCAAGCAAUUGAGAGACAAUGUAGGGAAGUUUUGUGAGGGCGCCAUUCAGGGUGCCAAAGCUAUAGCCGCCGCAGAGGGAGAGGCCAGGCCCCGUAAGGACCGAGUGAAGCUUCCGGAUGCGUACGGGGGAAAGAAGGAAGAAAACUUUGACAACUGGGAAGCCAGUGUCAAUAGUUAUAUUUACUUGCAGCAUAUCCUCGCAGAGGAACAAGUCCUUGUGGCCUUCCAGGCCCUCAAAGACGAAGCGGCUAGCUUCGCCAGGUCUCUUGCGCGUACAGUCGGUUGUGAAAACAACCUGGUUGCAUAUUACAAAGUCACUCCUCUUUCCCAAUUCCUCAAGCUCCUCAAGGAGCGGUUCGCUGACCCAACGCGAGGUAUUAGAGCCUCUGAUAAGCUCCAAACGAUCCACUCUCGGCAGUGGAGGAGUGCCAAGGCACUCAAGGGUACCAUGGACGACUUGGUAGCCGUCCCGGACCACGGGGUCACUGAGCCCCUGCUGGUUCAGUUGUUUUAUCAUGCCAUUCUAGAGGCCCUACGCGGGCAUUUCUUGGACAAAUCUCAGCAGGCCGGCAUGACUUACGAUGCAUUGAGUAGAGAAGUCGUCCUAUAUGAGUCGAAGUCUAUGCCAGUUACCACUUUCUGGCAUAAGGACCUGGAGAAGGGGAAGAAGUGGAAAGAUCGUACCAUCUCGGGCCAAGUCAAGGCCAAGGAUCACUUGAUCCUGACAUUAGAGGAGGGUGGUGCAGAAGAGGUCCCAUAUGAUCAGAUUGAGUGGGGCCUAGGGGAGGAGUACAGUAGUGUGGCAGAAGAGUUAAAGGAGAGGAUGCCAGCCUGGGCCAAAAUGAAAAAGGAAAGUAAGGGACAGCUGAUUUUGGUAGAUGUAGAGGUAUUUAGAAGUAGAGUAGGGGCCCUUAUAGACUCAGGGGCUACCCGUAGUUACAUUAGCCGUAGGGCGCUGAAGAAGCUGAGGCUAGGACUAAAAGUCCAGAAGUUAGUAGACCCCAUAGUCAGUGUCCUCGCAGACAACCGCACGAUGCGAGUUGAGGACUACGUAGAGGGAGUCCAGGCGUACUUUCGCCUAGAGAAGGAUGGAAAAGUGGAGAAGGUCCUCCAUUCUUUGACUCUCCUCAUGCAGGAUGACCUUCCUUUCGAUAUAGUGUUAGGAAUGGAUUGGGGAGAGGCAGCAGGGGCCACACUUGAUUUGAGAGAGCAUGAGUGUAGGCUCCGUAGUCCGUCAGGCGAGGUUAAGACUGCCUGCUUGUUCCAUGUGUCUGGUGUAGAGAACACCUUGGCACAUUGCUGUCUCAGUGCUCCCGCGUUCGCGCGAUUAGUCAAAAAGGAACAGUUAGAGGAACAGGUCUUUGUAGUGUAUGUUAGACCUGUCACCGAGGGCAAGGAAGAGGUAAGUUCCACAGAUCCAACCAUAGUCAAGUUGCUGGAAGAAUUCAAAGACCUGACUGAGUCGCCGACAGGAGUAGUGUCGCGACCCAUCCAGCACAGGAUAGAGAUAGAGCCUGGCAGUAGAACUCCUAAGGGUGCAGUCUAUAGAAUGUCCCCCAGGGAGUUAGAGGAGCUUCGCAAGCAGUUAGAUGAGCUCCUAGAGAAAGGUGGGAUCAGGCCCAGUUCGUCUCCUUUUGGAGCACCCGUUUUGUUUGUCCCCAAGAAGGAAGGAGAGCUGAGAAUGUGUAUAGACUAUAGGGGUUUGAAUGCGAUUACUGUAAAGAAUGCUGAGCCACUGCCCAGGAUAGACGAUCUCUUAGAUCGGGUGGAGGGUUGCAAGUAUUUCUCCAAAAUAGACUUGAAGUUCGGAUACCAUCAGAUAGAAGUCCAUCCUGAUGACCAGUACAAGACUGCAUUCUGGACUAGAUACGGGCACUAUGAGUUCAUAGUGAUGCCCUUUGGACUAACCAACGCGCCAACUACCUUCCAGCGUUGUAUGAACGACCUGUUUAGACUGUGGUUAGAUAAGUUUGUAGUAGUCUAUCUAGAUGAUAUCCUAGUUUUUAGUAAGACCCUCCAGGAGCACCAGGGUCAUCUGAGGCAGGUCUUGGAGAAGCUACGAGAGGCUAACUUCAAGAUCAACGCAAAGAAGUAUGAGUGGGCCAAGACACAAGUUUUGUACUUGGGCCACGUGUUGGACGGAGAUGGCAUUAAGCCAGAGGACAGCAAGAUAGCGGCGAUUAGAGACUGGCCGACGCCCCGCACAUUGACAGAGUUGCGGUCGUUCCUAGGCUUAGCUAACUACUAUAGGAAGUUCGUGAGAAACUUCUCCACUAUCGCCGCCCCCUUGCGCAGACUGCUAAAGAAAGAGGCAAUCUGGCAAUGGGACAAAGACUGUACGUCUGCACUCAAGAAGUUAAAGCGCGCGUUAAUAGAAUAUCCUGUCCUCAAAGUAGCAGAUCCGUCCUUGCCAUUUGUCGUUACCACGGAUGCAAGUCAGUAUGGGAUAGGCGCCGUAUUGCAGCAAGAUGACGGCAAUGGCUAUAGACCCGUAGAGUUCAUGUCAGCGAGGAUGCCCUGUGAGAAUUCGCUACCUCCACGUACGAGAGGGAACUCUACGCUCUCAGGCAGGCUUUAGACCAUUGGAAGCACUAUCUGCUUGGGAGGCACUUCAAAGUGUAUUCUGACCAUGAGACACUUCGUUGGCUAAAGACACAGGCCAAGAUGACACCUAAGUUGACUAGGUGGGCCGCAGAGAUAGACCAAUUCGACUUUGAUUUCAAGCCAGUAAAGGGCAAAUACAACG